AUGGGUGUAGGAAUUUGUAAAGGUAGGAGUUUACAGAUCACCAUGUAUUUGUACAAUUAUUCGACAGAUGCAGCAGAAGCAGUGUACAAAGUGGUGGCCAAUGUUCUUUCAUGGCAAAAUGCUCGUUGGCGAUUGCUUCGAGAAAUUGGUCUGCAUAAGAUGGGUAUCACUCAUUUGUGCGGUCGAAUCGCACCAGCUGGUCAGCAUCUGAUAUGGUUGAACGGGAAAUUGUUAAGCGAAUAUGAAAUACCACAGUACGGCUCAUCUUAUUUUGAUAAAAGGUACCUAAAUUGGGCAUUCAUAAAGCAAUGCAUAUGUUUGAGUAACACAGUACUUGGGCUGGCGUAA